GACAUCGCCGAUCGACCCCGUCAGAAGUGAAAAUUUUUCGGUGGGUGUAAGGAGUGCGCUAGCGAGAACCGUUCUCGAAAGCUGGAAAAACCGUGAAAAAAGCUGCCGCAAUCCUCAUCGAAACCACUUGAUGACUUUGCCAAGAGACACGCUUCGAUGUCUCGGCAGUUCGGAUAAUGCUUAAACUACCCAAAGGAUUAAAGAAAAAGAAGAAAGGCAAAAAGUCCAAAAAAGACCAAGAACUAUUCACCGAAGAGGAGCUAGAGCAGUACCGACGCGAGCACCAGUCGGCCUCGGCACUCAACUCGGCCGCACCUUCCGACACCGAAGAUCAUCCGGGGGAGAAAUCUGGCGAGAACGACGAGGAAUGGUCCAAGUUCGCUGCGCUAACCACUGGUAUCGAUUCGGUGCUUAAGAAGACCCAGCAGGAUCUCGGCCGCAUCAAGGAGAGCUCGUUCUUCCAGAAGCAACCGACCAAGGUCGAACUCGAAGCGAAGGAACGUGAAGAGCAGGCACAACGAGAACGAGAGGAGCAGGAACGGGCGAAGGAAGCUGCCAAGGAAGCAGAGGAGAAGCGAGCCGCCGAAGAGCUCAUCAACGCCGUUGUUGAGCUCUCCGACUCGGAACCCAACUCUGAGGUUGAGGAGGACAUCUUCGAUACCAACUACACCGAUGCUAUAGCCUCUGGAGAACUUCCGAUCGCGUAUGUGCCGGAAUCACCAGAACUAGAAGAGUUCGAAGGUCCAGACCCGUUCGAUACCUCGUACGCCGAUAAGGUCAUCAAAGGCCCGGAAGUAUCCAAGCGUGGCAAGAAGAUCGUUAAUAUCGGAGCAGCUGUCCAAGUUCUAACCGGUCGCGUAGAAAACGUUUCAACAACCGCCAAAUCCCGACCGAAGCCACGUCGAGGACCCAAGAAUCUCCUCCUAGAAAGCUUCGACGACGGAGAAGCACCGGACGGUGCGGAAGCCGGUCCCAGCGAACCCGCUCAACCAGCGCUUCUAAGCCUACUCGACGAUCCGUCUGAGCUCCCGAGCGAUGCUCCGAUCGACCUAGGCGUCUCGCUUCAUCUCGCGCUCCAAAAGGAUCAGGAAUCCAAACAAGAACUCGAAGCCGAACCCGAGUUUAACCUCGACGAGUUUGACGAUCUCAAGACCCGCCAGCCGGAACCAGCCCUUGAAGGGGACGACGACUUUGAGCUACUCGUUUCGAAGAAGCCGUCUCGUCCGCCACCACCGCGACCUGCGGCCGGACCCCGCCUUCCAGCGGGCCUCGUUGACUCCGACGACGAGUUUGCGCUCGAAGCGAGCGACGAUCCGUUCGAUACCGGCUUCGUCGAGCGAGUUCUUCCAGCGACUGCCAAAGAAGACGACGAUUUUGACCCACGCGCCGAAGAGGGACUAGAAGAGGACGAGUUUGACUUUGAUCCGCGGGCGGAAGAAGCAAAGACACCGGUGCGGGUCAAGACCCCGGAUCUUUUCUCGGCCGAAGAGAACGCCAGCUCGAACUUGCAAGUGGUUGCUCACGAUCUGCUGUCCGGAAGCAAUACCGACUUGAGUAAUAUCUCGCAGACUCCGUUGGAGAUAACCGCUAGUGCUAGUGGUGAGGAGUUCAUCGAUCCGUUCGAUACAUCGGCGGUUAAUUCGAUCGUCGCACCCGGCAAAACCGAACUCCGAUAUCUGGAAGAGGAACUGCUCGCGGGAGGUGGACUGAAGCACUCGCUAAGCGAUCCGGACUUUGAUCCACGGGCGGGAGGUGAAUCUCCAGCACCACCGGAAGAUUUCACGAGCAUCGCCCAGAGGAAGUCUUCGUUGAGCUUGCACAUCAACGGCGCUGCAGCCAAGAACAAGACCGUCGGCUUUGCCGUUCCUACACCGGAUCUGCUGAAGAUCGACGGAGAUAACUCGAUCACCAAGAAACCGCUCACUCCGUACUACAACCGGGAAUCGUCGAUCCCGGAGUCGGAUCUAGCCGAUCCGUUUGAUACUUCGUUUGUACCGAGCUCCGCGCCGACUCAACUUGAGCUGAACCUUCUCGAACAGGAGCUGAACGACGCUACCUUGAAGCAUAGCUUGUCCGACCCGGACUUUGAUCCACGUGCAAGCACUCCCGGAGUCCAACCGCAGCAACCAAGCAAGUCCGAUCUUCUUGGAGUAGACGAAUCUUGCAGUCAGAAGGUUCUGACGCCGGCCGGUGUCAAAGCCGAAUCGCUCGAGGAGAUCGACCCGUUCGACACCUCGAUCGCCGUCAACAUCCAACCGGGCAGCACUGAGUUGAAGCUUCUUGAGAGCGAACUUAUACCGGCGCCGGUAGCUACCGUCGACCCGGAUAUCCUCUCCGGAUCCCAGGAGACCGGAGCGUUCUUCGUGAAGGUCCUCACUCCUCAGCCGAGCAACUCGAUCGACGAAACCGAGGUAGAUCCGUUCGAUACUUCGUUCGCCAACAACUUGGGACCGGGCAAGGCCGAGAUCAAGCUUCUGGAGAACGAACUAAUCGACUAAGGCAAACAA